UGUUGUUUUUUUUACGUCUGCGACGUAAGUAAGUCACGACUGUCUGUCCGUUGCAUCAAACAGCGAACGGCUCGGUUUUGCCUGACCUGAAAUAUGCCACAUUCACACAGGAUCGACAUGUGUCACCAAACUAGAAAGGGCAAUCUUCCCGCAGCCUGACUGAGUAAACUAGCCAGCCACUUGGCCACCUCCUAGCCCAGGUUAGCUGAGUGCAGUCGGCGCAUCACGAACCAACAAGCAGCUACCGAGAGAAGAUGGCGGAGUACUCGCCUGUCCUGCCGAUGAGGGAUGGUGGAGCGAGGUUUGGUAUCGGACAGCCCAUCUUUCCCCGGUCCCGGUCCGGUUCAGAGUCCGACAGUGAACUGUCUCAGAGUCUGGCCCGAACCAAGAUCCGGUCUUACGGGAGUACGGCUAGCGUCGCGGCUUCUCUCGGCGAGAAAUACAUAGAGCAUCGGGUCACAGACAGCGACACUUUGCAGGGCAUAGCCCUCAAAUACGAAGUAACGAUGGAGCAGAUCAAGAGGACUAACAAGAUGUUCAGUAACGACUGUAUCUUCCUGCGUAACACCCUCAACAUCCCUGUGGUCUCAGAGAAGACCUCUCCCUUCAACGGCCUGUCUCUAGAGUCCCCCGACGGAGAUCCCCAGGACCAGGACUUCAACCCCCUUUGUGUGGGGCAGGACAGGGACACUGAGGAGGACCCCUCACCACCCCUGGCUCCUGGGGAUAAGGACAGUAGUAGUUAUAAACGGCCCCAGCCGGAAGAGCUGUCGGCUCAAGACUUCCUGCACAGACUGGACUUGCAGAUUAAACAGUCAAAGCAGGCAGCACGCAGGCUCAAAGAAGAGGAAGUGAGGGACAGUGAAGAGGAAUACACACUUCCUGUUUCAUCAUACCAGGAGAUCUAAAGGACACGUUUACCUGAAGCCCUGAUUAACACCCAUCCACCCAUCAAUCCUUCCUGUAUCUCUCUUUUACCAAACCAUCACACUGUCAUGUCUAAGUGUUUCAACUGAGGAUUCAUCCUUUGCCUUUUUAAUAUUAGUGUCAUUAUCAUAUGUUUUAUUAUUAGUAUUCUUCUGGUUUUGUACUGUUCAACUGCUGUCAAUCAUCUGAACAGCAGGUAGUCUGUUACUAUGACACUCAUCCACUCACUACAAGUCUACAUGCUAAGUCUACAUGCUGCUGCAGUACAGAAUAACUCUCUGGUCUGUGUAUACCACACACACACAUACACAGGAAACACACAGGUGUGUGUGUGUGUGUGUGUGUGUGUUUGGGGGAUUAGUUCGAUACUGGCUUUUACCCUAACUCUGAUGAUCCAAUCCCUCCUAGAAUAGCAUCAGUCCACCAGAUGGAUGGAGAAGCCUCCAGUAUUACCUCCUCUUCCUCCUCCUCUUUUCCUCCUCUCCUCCUCUUUUCCUCCUCCUCUCCUUCUCUUCUAUUCUCUUCCUCCUCCUCUUCCACUCCUCUCUACUUCCUCCUCUCCUCCUCCUCCUCCUCUUUUCC